AUGGCGGUUUGUGCCUUUGGAGGUCAUCAUCACGACAAUGCUCACUACAAAUUCGAGUAUGGAGUGGAUGACCCCCACACACACGACAAGAAGGAACAGCACGAACACAGAGACGGAAAGCACGUUACAGGGGGAUAUAGCUUGAAGGAACCCGAUGGUACCCACCGCGUGGUAAAAUACGUGUCAGGACCUCACAAAGGAUUCGAAGCUGUGGUGGAAAGACGAGGACACGCGAAACACCCUGCGGUGUAUGGCAAGCACAAGGGUCACGGUGAAGGUGGCACCAGCUGGGUUGGGGUCACCCACUGGCAGAACCAAGGGGACGAAGAACAGGGCCACGGACACGGUCACGGCCAUGGGCAUUAA